CAGAUUCGUUAUCUGUAAAUUGGAAUGCAUUUUGUUUAUUAAAAAAUAAAAAUAGGCAUACACAUCUAAAAUUUUAAUACCUAUUUACUUGUUAGUAAAUACAUAUAAAGUGACAAAAUAAUACCAAAUUUUGACUUUUGAGAUGAUCAUUGAUUAUGUUGACAGGACAAUUAGUGCUCUAAAAGAAUUUUAAAUUGUAUUAUUUUUGUUUAUAACGUAAUCAUUGUGUAAACCUGUAGCAAUUAUGAAUUCAUUGGUUGCUGAUUAUGGCAGUGAAUCUGAUUCAGACUCUUCUAUUAGAAAUUGUGAUCAGUUACAAUAUCAAGAAGAAAAGGAAAUUGAGAACAAGAAGUCUGCUGAUGAAAAUAAGUUGCCACCACCAAGAUUUAAAGAAACUGGUAUUAUAAACGAGUCUGUAUUUAGGAAUCCUUAUUUAGAAGCAGAGCGUGCUAAAAGUGCAAUUUUAGAAAAACAUGUUAAAAUGGUACCUUCUAAGGAUAACUUAAAAACUGUUAAUGGAAAAAACAUUUGCUGGAUGAAUAAAAAAGGCCGUUGUCGUUUUGGUAAUAAAUGUAAAUAUGCUCAUGAUUCUGAGCUUGUAAAUAAUCUAAAUGUAGUGGAAAAUACAACUAAUGAUACACCCACAAGUCAAAUGUCUUCAAAAAAAAGAAAAAAACCUGGGCUGACGCAGGGCUUGAUACCGGGUAAGAAAGUAUUAAAGAUGUUUAAAAAAACAGAAAAUCAAUUUCAAAGACAAACAUAAGGAUAAAAACUUGUAUAUGUUAGACCUAAAUGUAAAUUUUAAUUUAUAUUGUUUCAAUGAAUACUGUAUAAUAAUUAGUACUGCUAUUUCAUAUUUUUGUUUGCUAUAAUAAUGUUAACAGAUGCACCAUUUUUUUAUAUUAAAAAAAAAACUUGCUUAGCUUUAAGAUCAAUUAUUAUUAUAUUUAUAGAAAUUUUAUUGAAAUAGUUUUUGUGUUUUUAUAUUUUUUUUAGUGUGUGCAAACCAAUAUAAUAUGA